UAAUCACUUGUCAAAUUUAGAAAGACACCUGGAAAGAAAUCACAACAAUGAAUAUUUAAAUUAUUUAAAUGAAAAAACCAAAUAUCAGGAAUUGUUAAUGGCAAAAAAACCUAAAAUUAAUAUAGAAACCUUUUUUCCAAAAAAGCAUAUAAGUAUAAAUAUAUCAUCUAAUGAUUUGAUGAGUUCUAUACUAGAACUUGUUACUGUAAAUGGCCGGCCUUUAUCAAUUAUUGAAGAUUCGGGAUUUCAAAGAAUUAUAAAUCCACUCCUAUCUGGGCUCAAUUUAGUUAUAAACAAAGAAAAUUUAUCCAGAACUAUUAAUAAAACAGCCCAAUCAAUUAGAGACAAAAUAUCGAGAGAGGUAGAAGGAAAAUUAAUAAGUUUAAAAGUUGAUGCAGUUCAACGACUAGAUAGGUCAAUUCUUGGUGUAAAUAUUCAAUUUAUAUCAAAGUCCAUUAUAAAUUUGAGGACUCUUGGAAUUGUAGAGCUGAAGGAGAGAUGUACAGGAGAAUAUAUAAAAGAGAAUAUAUUAAAAACUUUACUAAAAUUUAAAAUUAAUAUUCAACAAAUAUACACAAUUACUUCUGAUAAUGGUUGUAAUUUUUUAAGAGCUAUAAAGCUCCUGCAAUCUGAAACUGAUUAUGAUAUAAGGAGUGAAUCAGCAGAUGAGGAAAAUAUGGAUGUAAAUGUAUAUAAAUAUGAUAUUGAUGAUAUACAAAAUACUUUUUUAUCAACUAUUAUAUCCUAUCCGAUUUAUAGUGUACGGUGUGCAGCUCACACACUUCAGCUGGCACUUCAAGAUGCUAUAAAAUUAUCACCUAUUGUGGAAACCAUUGCAAAAGCUAGGAGCCUAAAUUUAAAAUUAAGACAUCCCACUUACCAAAAGUUAUUAAAAAAUAUGAAACUCCCUAAGCCUGUGUUAGAUUGGCACAGAUGGCAUUCAACCCAUGAUAUGUUAGAAAGGCUGAUUUUACUAAAACCCAAUAUCGAAGAUUUUUUUACAGAGCAAUCUGAUUAUUUAUUGACUGAAGAUUGGAAAGAGAUAAUAACGAUUGUUGAAAUUUUAAAACCGCUAAAAAUCGCAACCAAACAAUUCCAAUCUGAACAGUUAACACUGACAGAUUUUUAUGCAGCAUGGUUAAGAUGCUGCAUCGAACUGGAAAAAAAUCCAAACCAUUUUGCUCAAUUACUAUAUUCUUGUCUUAAGAACAGAGAAGAAAGGUUUAUAAAGAACGAAAUUCUCUUAGCUGCCAUAUACCUGGGCCCAAGAUACAAGGUAUUACUUAGUGAUGAUGAUAAGAUUUGUGCGAAAAAACAUCUUGUCAAUUUAUGGAGACGAAUUAAAAGCUUAACAACGCCGAUUUUAUCUGAUGAUAUUAGUUCCGAUGAAGUUAUUGAACAAGAAGAUGAUUUAGAGAAAUUGAUACAACUUAAAGAAAGGCAGGAGAAAAUAUUUAAAAGAGGGCCAACGAUUGCUGAGAAAAGUAUUGGAACAAUAAUUACUGGAUUUAGCGAUUAUAAAAGAUUAGAUAAGAAGGAAAAUAUUUUGCAUUUUUGGGAGUCUGCUAAGCUGGAACACCCUGAAUUAUAUAUUUUAUCUAAAAUCUUAUUUGCUGUUCCUGCAACCCAAGUUAGCGUUGAAAGAUCUUUUUCACAUUUGAAAUUCAUUCUUUCACCACAUAGAUCGAGGCUGAGUGAACAACUCUUGGAAGAUAUUAUGCUAAUACAUCCACAAUAUACCGAUAUAGAAAAAGCAUACGCAUUUACGCAGAGGUUACCUGAUGAUCUUUACCUGAGACUAGAGGCGAUAUGCACUCCUACGGAAUUUAGCAAUCCAUCAAUCGUACUCGAGAGAUUUAAACUUUUACAGCCAGACAAUUCGAACAUAGCGUAUUUGAAAGAAUUCAGAAAGGGGAUUGAGGAUGAAGAAGCUUAUGACAAAAUAAUUAAUAAAAUUGAUAAUAUAAAAAUAGAAGAUACAUCCGAGAUAAAACAAAUAGAAAUGCGGAAGGACAAUCAGGCGGAUACGGAUAGAAGAAUGAUGAAAUACGAUGAUCGAAAUAGAGGAGUAGAUGCACAAACGAAUUACGUCCAUAGAAAUCAAUGGAGGCCUAGAUACGACAGUUAUCAAAGAAAUAAUUAUCAAGAGAAUAAUUUCUAUCUUCGUUUUCAAAAUAAUUUUAAUCCUCGAUAUCAAAACAAUUUCAAUUCAAGAUAUGUGAAUAAUUACGAGCCAAGACAUCGGAAUAAUUAUAAUCCUAGAGUUAAUAGUGGAUAUAAUAAUAAUGAUAAUUACAAAUAUAAUGAAAAUAAUUAUAGAGAUCAUAGAUAUCAAAACGAAUCAAGAUACAUACCAAGAUACAAUAAUAAUCGUGAUAAUAGUCAGACAUACAAUAAUAGAUAUAGAAUCAAUAAUAAUAAUAAUAAUCCAUCAGGAUAUUCGAAUAAUAUAAAUACCGUCGAUAUAGAGGAAAUAAAGGAGGAAAAUAAUGAUAAAAAGGAACAUAGUUUAUUUAGAAUUGAUGUGAAUAAUAUGGAGGAUGAUGACAGGGCAAAUGAUGCUUACAAAGUUACGAUAUACCUUAACGAUAUGCCGGUAGACAUGCAGAUAGAUACCGGGUCGCGCUUUUCAAUAUUACCUAUUAAGAUUGCUAGAAAGAUAGGAAUCAAAGUCUUAAAUAAAUCGGAUACGAAACUUACUGGCUAUGAUGGGAAAAAAAACAGAAUAAUAAUACAAUUGAACAUGAGAAAAGAGAUUUUACGCGAACUACAUAAAGGACAUUUAGGUGCAGGUAAAACGAAAAUGUUGGCGAGAGAUUAUUUGUGGUGGCCUGGUAUAAACAAGGAGAUAGAUCUAGAGCAAAUUUCCAAUCAUAAAACGAAUGAAAAACAUUACGACGGAAUCAACUUUAAAAGAAUUGAUGAAAAUUAUAAGCUUAUUUGGAAUACCAUCGUGACGGACAAUGGUACGAAUUUUACUAGUCAAUUAUUUAAAAAGUUUUAUGAAGAUUAUGGCAUAAAACACAUACUUACAGCACCUCAGCAUCAACAAUCGAAUGGUCAAUGUGAACGGGUGAUAAAAUGA